ACGAUGGAUUUUUGGUGGUGAUGUUGGGUAUCUGGUUAGUCUUUCGUGAAGAAUUUGUGGCCGUUGGUCGUUGAGCGCCGUUUUGAUAAGUCACUGCAGGUUUGGCACAGCACGAAACUUUUUGGUGUUGGCUCGCAGCAUGUGUGGGGGUGAGGAAGUCACAGUUUGGGGAGUGAAAGGGCUAAAACCCUAAGAUGCCAAGAUACCGUGUGUUUCUUAAAAGCUUAUCCUUAAGACACCCCCAAGAGCCAGCCCCCCAACCGUUAAUCUAGAGAAAGCAAUAAUUUAUCAUACAGCACAAGUCCUAUCAGCACGAGUAGACAUGGUGACUACUUUCACCAAGACUAAGCCUUGACCUUGGAGCAAAAUUAACCCAACCAAACAGUUUCGACCUUAUACCCCAUAAUCAGCUCUACGACGGAAACAAAAAUAUCCAAUAUUCCAGAACCUUUUGCGGACUUCCUCCGAAAUCCCGGGCAACGGACACUAUGUCAAAGCCUAAUCCUUCCAACCCUUGUUAACAAUUCAAAAACAGCGUUCCAGUUAUUUGCUUGCCCUAAUCUUAGGGUAUCACUCGGGCGAGUGCGACUUCAUGAUGUUGUGAUAUCGCCGGGGUUGUUAGGAACUUCCUGAUAACCACAUGCCAGAAGCAUUCUAGACGAAUGUGAGGAGAUACGAGGAAUGGUAUAGAUUGGAAGGAAUGUAGCCACCAGAUAGAUAUCUGGUUGUGGGUUAGAUUGGAAUGAGGACGAGGAAUGGUAUGGAUUGAAAGGAAUGGGGUCACUAGGUGGACUCGGAGAUCUGGUCGGUUGGAGUCUCUAUAAUAUAUAGUGGUCAUCUACUUCAGCGAUAGGAAGGGGAUCAAUUAAGUUAAAAAAAUACUUCACAAUUCUUGCUCACUCAAACGAUUAUAUCCUUCCCCACAAAAGUGCCCAAUUGAAUUCUCCUCUUUACUCCACCUAAAAUCUCUUUUCUACUUCA